UCAUAUAUUUCGAUUGAACGAAUGUGAGAGGAUCUAGAAAAUAAUUCAAUAUGGAAGAGAAUUUAGUUCGAGGCAAUGUGGACCCUGAAGCCAGCAUGGAUCAACCGCAAUAUGCGUGCUUUUAUGCUGUUGUUGGAGCUGUUAGUGCCAUCGUCUUCUCGACAUUGGGAGCUGCCUACGGGACGGCGAAGUCAAGCGUGGGAAUAUCUGCCAUGGCUGUGAAACAUCCAGAAUUGAUUAUGAAAUCCAUUAUACCCGUUGUUAUGGCUGGAAUUAUUGCCAUAUAUGGUCUGGUUGUAUCGGUUCUACUGACCGGCUCUUUGGCUAAGCUCUACAACAGCUACAAGGCCUUUCUAAAUCUUGGUGCUGGCCUAGCUGUCGGUCUUUCGGGCAUGGCUGCCGGAUUUGCAAUUGGUGUCGUGGGCGAUGCUGGGAUCAGAGCUACGGCCCGACAGCCCAAACUCUUCGUUGGAUUAAUACUGAUUCUUAUUUUUGCUGAAGUGUUGGGAUUAUAUGGCUUGAUUGUAGCUAUCUAUCUGUUUACCAAGUAAAAUUUUUAUAUCCGGUAAAAAUUCUAAUCAAUGUAAUACCGAAAGUGCUAAAAUACAUUUAAAGCAUUAAACAUUAUUUUAGGACAGAA